CACUCAGCAGCUCACAACUGUCUGUCAUUCCAAUAUGGGACACCUUCACACAGACAUACAUGCAGGCAAAACAUCAACGCACAUGAAGUAAAAUAAAGAACAUAAAGUGAAGCUGAGGAUGAAUGGGACAGGAAAAUGAAGAAAGGUCACAGAAAACAGCGCAUGAAAUACAGCUUUUUCCAUAAGCUGUCCUGGACCAAACCCAUCCGGAGCACAGCGAUCAUCCGUUUUCCUUUUAGGAGCCAAAAGUUGGAAGAUGUUUCCAAGUUGGCCUUCUCUGACCAGCUCACCCUGCUGGGCUUGUUUCUGAGGUUAGAUCAGAGCUUGGUGGGUUACUGCUAAGGUGGAGUCUCUAAUAAAGAAGGUACAGAGGUGUGAAGACUUUUAUUUUCUCAAGACAUCUUGGUUUAUUUACUUAGGCUUUAUUAAGCACAUCAAUGGAGGAGGCUCUGCUGUGGUUUCUGUUGUGCGAUGAACACAGCACUUAACUUUUCUCAGAGUGACUGGGCUCCUCCAGAAUAAAUGAAGAAAGGGCCCUGCCAGCGGCCCUAGGUCAGCCCCUUCUUGGCAUCUCAAGAGAGCUGGUCAGUGCCAAGAACUGUGUCAAACCUGCUGGCUGGAAACUUUCUUCGCUUCUUUCGAUCUAUAGUGCUGGCUCUUCUUUCACUUUGAGUUGUCAUCUGUAUGACAAACCCCCCUUUUCCUUUUUGUGCAAAACUACUCUGGGGUUGGGAUGAAUUGAUCCCAAGCUGCUUGUAUGCUGACAGGAAGUUUUGUUAGUCUUUAUAUUUAAGGAAAAGAACACUGAGGCAUUACCGACCCCCCCCCCUUUGACUUUAUUAUAAAGUCAGUUUGAUAAGAUAUCUGAGAAACCACAAGACACUCCCUUUUUAAUAGGCUUUACUGCCCCUUUGGCCUGCUUAUAAAUGCCCUGAGUCCUUCAAAGAGACCCAUAAUUAUGAGAGAUUCUUGGUGUAGUCCACUCCACCCACUGAGCUAGCUUAUCUGCAAGCUGAGCUUGAUAUUGCUGGUAGGGGCUUGGGACUUGUUCUUCCUCUCUGAGCUUCUGCUCUUGAGUUCUUCCUUUCCACUCUCCAUCUGAGCCGCCGAUUAACUAACUGGAGCUUGGUGACUUGUUCUGUUUCCUCUUGUUUCUGGUGGCUUUCUCUAUGGCAGGCUUGGGAAGGGGUGGCCCUGCUUCCACCAGCAGGGGACAUGCAGGACUGUCUAGAGACAUUUUUUGAUGGACACCAUUGCAGACAGAGGCCAUCUAGGAGAGAGAAGCCAGGGAUGUUGCUAAAUAUCCCAUACUGUCCAGGACAAUACUAAGUGUGACUAGCCAGUGCCACUGUGACAAGCCUUUGGACUCACAAAUUGCCUUCUGGUGAGGUGCUCCAGCUUCUUACAUGGCUUCUCCCUUCUUGACUAGCAUUGUUAUAUAACCCGGCCUUUAAGCAACUAAAGCCACAGAAGGAGGGAGGUUUUUUUUCUUAGCAUGCUUCUGAUCCUCAGAUGCACAAGUAUGCAUGAAGAAGUGGGCUGGGUUCACAUGAGAAAUAGUCGUAGAGCUCCCUAGUCUGGUUUGGUUUUGGUGACAGCUAUUCAGAGCUUACUCAUGGAGAGACUUCCUGGUAGCUCAUAACUCUUCUCUAAGAAACCAGCUAUCUCUGAGAGUGUUUAUUCUUCUGCAUAGAUUUUGAUUAUGUGGCUUCUAGGUAGAACGUCUGGGUUCAAAGGAAGUGAAAAAAAUUAAAACAUGCAUACUUCAAAUAAACCCCUAUAAAUACAUAUUCCUCUGAGAAUGCUUCAUCUUUCAGAUAUUUAUAAAUACAUGGUCUCCUUAGAAUGUUCCAGCUUUGUCAUUUUCCAUUAUCGUUCUUUCUAAGCAAAGUACUCUGUCACUAACACCAGAGUGCUAGCUAAGCAACGUCCAGGGAAUGGUGACUGCUUGCUUUCUAUAUAACUGGGAAGUGGUAGGCCUGAGACGGAGAGCUUCAGUAAUGUCACUUACAAGGUGCCCACUUUAAGGCAUCUCCUUGUGCUCUUCCCAGCCCUCCUCUCUGGAUUGUUUGACUCAGCAUGAGUACUGUCUGUUGAGUAUCUUUUUGUGUGGCUGCUGUUGUUCUAGAUGUUAAAGAAGUGGCAGGAAGCACAGCGGACAGGGGCUCAGUCCAUCUGAACUUGACAUGCCAUUCUGGGAGUGAGACAAUGCAAAAUAAAGCCUAUGAAAGAUUUAGGAAAGCUAAGAGAAGGACGGGUGUUUGGAAGAUAAACAAUACAAUGUCAUGGGGAGGUGCUAAAUACGGCCUAAGUGACAUUUUCUAAGUGACAGAGACCAAAUGACUCAGAAGCCAGUCCUGUGAGGCUGUCUGGGAGAGAGCAUUCCAGACAUACAGAAGAGCAAGGGCAAAGGUCUUGAGGCAAAAAGUGCUUGGUGAGUUAUAGGAACAGCAAAGGAAGAUGAAGAGCGGUAAGCCAGGGGCAAGCUGCCGGAGGCGAUGGAGUAGAGCUGUCUCCAACUUGGACAUCGAGAGCAAGUUGAGUGUAUACUACCGUGCACCAUGGCACCAACAGCGAAACAUCUUCCUCCCAGCGACCAGGCCACCCUGUGUAGAAGAGCUGCACCGCCAUGCCAGACAGAGUCUGCAAGCCCUUCGUAGAGAACACCGGAGCCGGAGUGAUCGCAGAGAGCAAAGAGCUGCUGCUCCCCUCCCCAUAGCUGCUCCACCACUACCAGCCUACCCUCCAGCUCACAGCCAGAGGAGGCGCGAGGCCAAGGACCGCCACUUCCUAACGUUUAACAGCACCCGUUCGCCCUCCCCCACUGAAUGUUGCCACAUGGCCCCAUGGAGUAGAAAGUCCCACUCUCCAGAGGAUGAAGACACAGAUGCCAUGCUAGGGCAGAGGCCGAAAAACCCAAUCCACAAUGUUCCCUCUACACUGGAUAAGCAGACCAACUGGAACAAAGCACUACCUCUCCCAACUCCUGAGGAGAAGAUGAAACAAGAUGCCCAAGUGAUUUCUUCUUGCAUCAUUCCCAUCAAUGUCACCGGUGUUGGUUUUGACAGAGAAGCAAGUAUACGCUGUUCUCUUGUUCAUUCACAAUCUGUGCUACAGAGGAGACGAAAACUGAGGAGAAGGAAAACAAUCUCUGGGAUUCCCAGAAGAGUUCAACAAGAAAUAGAUUCUGAUGAAUCACCAGUGGCCAGGGAAAGGAAUGUGAUUGUGCACACAAACCCAGACCCCUCCAACACUGUCAAUAGGAGGUCCGGAACCAGGGACUCUGAAUGUCAAACUGAAGAUAUUCUGAUUGCUGCCCCAUCCAGAAGGAGAAUUAGAGCUCAAAGGGGUCAAAGCAUCGCAGCUUCCCUUUCUCAUUCAGCUGGCAACAUCUCUGCCCUGGCAGACAAAGGCGAUACCAUGUUUACUCCUGUCGUGAGCAGCCGUACAAGAUCUCGGAGCCUUCCUCGGGAGGGAAAUAGAGGUGGAGAUGCUGAACCCAAAGUAGGUGCUAAACCCUCAGCAUUUGAAGAAGGAGAACGUUUCGUGGGUGACCAUGAAAGAACCCCUAAUGACUGUAGCGAAGCUCCAAGCAGCCCAAGUACACAGGAACACCAGCCUGCUUUGGGCCUAGCAUGUUCUCAACAUCUUCACAGCCCUCAGCAAAAGUUAAGUGAGAGAGGGAGAUCACGUCUGUCCCGAAUGGCGGCUGACUCUGGAAGCUGUGACAUCUCUUCCAACUCGGACACCUUUGGAAGCCCCGUCCAUUGCAUUUCCACAGCUAGUGUCCUCCUUAGCAGCCACAUGGACCAGAAAGAAGACCACCAGUCAUCCAGUGGUAACUGGAGUGGGAGCAGCUCUACAUGCCCGUCACAGACCUCAGAGACAAUCCCUCCUGCAGCUUCUCCUCCCCUCACGGGCUCUUCUCACUGUGACUCAGAAUUGUCACUGAACACUGCUCCUAAUGCUAAUGAAGAUGCCAGUGUCUUUGUGACAGAACAGUACAAUGACCACUUGGAUAAAGUAAGAGGCCACCGGACAAACUCCUUUACUUCCACUGUUGCAGAUCUGCUGGAUGACCCCAACAACAGCAAUACAAGUGACAGUGAGUGGAAUUAUCUACACCACCAUCAUGAUGCAUCUUGCCGCCAAGAUUUUAGUCCUGAGCGUCCGAAGGCAGAUAGCUUGGGAUGCCCAAGUUUUACAAGCAUGGGCACCUAUGACAGCUUUCUGGAAAAGUCUCCUUCAGACAAAGCAGAUACUAGCUCUCAUUUCUCAGUGGACACUGAAGGAUACUAUACCUCGAUGCACUUUGACUGUGGUCUCAAAGGUAAUAAGACCUAUGUCUGUCACUAUGCAGGCCUAGGCCCAGAGAAUGGUCAGGGUGUCGGGGUUCCUCCUGCUCUUCCGGACUGUGCCUGGCAAGAAUACUUAGACCACAGGAGGCAGGGGAGACCAAGCAUCUCUUUCAGGAAACCAAAGGCAAAGCCAACUCCACCUAAACGUAGCUCAUCAUUGAGAAAAUCUGAUGGAAAUGCAGACAUUUCUGAGAAGAAAGAACCAAAGAUAAGCAGUGGUCAGCACCUGCCUCACAGUUCCAGGGAAAUGAAGCUGCCUCUUGAUUUCUCCAACACGCCUUCUCGUGUGGAAAAUGCCAAUCUGCCUGCAAAGCUGGACUCUUCUUGGAUAAACCAGAGUGAACAUGCUAUUAAGGAACCUCAGUUGGACACUCCAGACAUUUCACCAUUCAAAGAUGAAGGUGCUGAAUCAACACACUAUGCAGACCUCUGGCUUCUGAAUGACUUGAAAACGAAUGAUCCUUACAGAUCCUUAUCUAAUUCUAGCACUGCUACGGGUACCACAGUGAUUGAAUGCAUCAAAUCUCCAGAGAGUUCUGAAUCCCAAACAUCCCAAUCAGAAUCAAGAGCAACCACUCCAUCUCUUCCUUCAGUUGACAAUGAAUAUAAACUGGCUUCACCAGAAAAGCUGGCUGGCUUAGCAUCUCCAUCAAGUGGCUACUCAAGCCAGUCAGAAACGCCAACCUCCUCUUUCCCUACAGCUUUCUUUUCAGGACCAUUGUCUCCUGGAGGUAGCAAAAGAAAGCCUAAAGUCCCAGAAAGGAAAUCCUCACUACAGCAGCCAUCUUUAAAAGAUGGUGCCCUAUCACUGAGUAAAGAUUUUGAACUACCAAUUAUACCUCCUUCUCAUCUUGACCUAAGUGCUCUUCAUGUUUUGAAUAAACCAUUCCACCACCGUCACCCACUGCAUGUUUUUACUCAUAAGCAAAACACAGUCGGAGAUAUGCCGAGAUCAAAUCCUGCACCGUCUCUUGCAAUUACACCAACAGUUCUCAAGUCUGUCAACCUGAGGUCCAUCAGUAAGUCUGAAGAAGUUAGGCAAAAGGAGGGCAAUAAUACAGAUCUCCCCUACUUAGAAGAGAAUGCUGCCACAGCGGCUUCUGUGGCCUCCUUAUCUCCAAGUAAGGCAAGGCCACACACAGCAAAGAAAUCAAUAUCACGCCAGUAUUCUGCUGAAGAUACCCUCCUGCCCUUUUUAGAUUCCUCUGUAGCUGAGAUGGGACCAGAGAAGCAUUUGGAAAAGAACCCUAAUUUUGAUGGAAAGAGUCAUGGUGAUCCAGAAACUGCAACCUCAGCUAGCAGCAAUCUUCCAGAUUCAAAUGUGAUGAAAGAACAAAUACAGAUGGAAAGCGAGCUUAUCUCAGAAAACAUACUAAGUAAGAACUGUGGAUUUUCAACAGGAUUUCAGAGGGUGUCUGCUUCCCGCCCCAGUGAUUUGGGUAGUAAAAUGAUACAGUAUGGAGCUAGUCCAGAUGGCACUGUACAGCAAGGACAGAAGGCACCCUCUGGAGUCAGGGAAGAAGGUGGAAAACCAGAAUCUGUGGAUGGAAUCACACUUCAAGCCAAUUCAUCAACUAGAGUAACAGACAUAAGCAGUCAAUAUAAGCAUCAGCGUGUUAUAAGCCGCCACCAUGACAAAGUGCCUGUGACUAUCCGCCAUGAGUCAGAGAUGUCAACUGUAAAUUCAUUCCCUGAAAAAUGUUCUGAACAGGAAAAUAUUGCUUCAGGUAUUUCACCCCAAAGUGCCUCUGAUAACAGCAGAGCAGAGGAGACCCAAGGAAGUAUGGACGAGACUUCAUUGAAAGAAUCCUCACCAAGUGAUGACUCCAUCACUUCACCACUCAGUGAGGACUCUCAAGCUGGAGCUGAGGGUGUGUUUGUGUCUCCAAACAAACCUCGAACCACUGAGGACCUAUUUGCAGUCAUUCACAGAUCCAAGAGGAAAGUACUUGGAAGAAAAGAUUCUGGGGAUAUGUCUGUCAGAAGCAAAUCAAGAGUUCCCCUUGGUAGCAGUAGCAGCAGUGCCAAUUCUGUCACUUCACCCAGCAGCAAUGUGACAGCUGGGACUAGCCAGAGGUCUCCUGGUCUCAUCUACAGAAAUGCCAAAAAGUCCAACACAUCCAAUGAAGAGUUUAAGCUGCUGCUCCUCAAGAAAGGCAGUCGUUCAGAUUCUAGUUACCGCAUGUCUGCUACUGAAAUCCUGAAGAGCCCGGUCCUGCCCAAGCCUCCUGGGGAGUUUACUGCAGAGUCCCCACAAAGCCCCGAUGAUACCCAUCAGGGCACACCUGGGACUGAAGCACUGUCUCCUCUGUCGCCGUGCUCACCACGAGUCAAUGCGGAAGGGUUCUCCUCGAAGAACUUUGCAACCUCAGCAUCAGCACGGGUUGGACGCUCCCGGGUCCCACCUGUGGCCAGCAGCAGCCGCUACAGUGUCCGCUGCCGGCUGUACAAUACUCCAAUGCAGGCCAUCUCUGAGGGAGAGACUGAAAACUCUGAUGGGAGCCCACAUGAUGACCGAUCCUCCCAGAGCUCCACCUAGUUUGCCUGAGCCAAGCUGACCUCAGAUGUCCAGCCCCUUAUUAAUGAAAGGAUUUUGAGACAUCAUAGAGGAACUGGAGAAAAGGCAACAGGGUGUGGGGGUUGCAUUGUUGCUUGGCAAUGAGCUUCUAAAUAUGUGUUGAAGAAGCAGAAAGUGAAUGAGUCAUUUUUUAAAUUAAUUUUCAUGUUUUAAGUAGCAGUUCUGUCUCUUGUGGUUUUCUUUAGCACAGUUUGAUUUGUUCGAUCUCAUUCCUUGUGAUAAUAGAGAAUACAAAAGUAUAUAACUUUCUUGAAACUUAGACAAGGUUUUCCCAGAGCUGCCUAUUCCGAAAAUAAAGCCCUCACUGUCAUGAUUCUAUAAGAAGAUGAAAUUACUCUGGAGGUUUGGUAUUUUUUUACAUUAAAAUGAACUAAAGCAAAAUUUAGAAGAAAGAACUACACAUAUGUAAAUACCAUAUUUUUGAUAAAAUGUGUAAAUAGAUUUAUCAAUGAUGAGUGGACAAGUGGCCAAUUAUCUACCACACACCAACUAUUUAUAGGACACACACAAAUAAACUAUAAUAACUGUAUUCUGUGAAUACCAUUUUCAUAUCAAAUACCAUAUUUAAAUGUCCACCAACAUGAUUUCUGAGUGAUAAACCUCAAAUAUGAUUUUAAAAUUGGUGAAAUAAUGGAAAUAUUGAGGUCAUGUACUGAAAUGUGAUUAAUUUAAAGUAAUGAAUUUAGACCUAAUCAUUGUCGUGACUAUAACAGAAACAAGCUAAUAGCAACUUGUGGCUGUGAUUUGCCAUGUGACAAUUUGAACAGAAUGAAAAGCAUGCUUUUGAUUUUUUUUUAACCAAUGAAAGAAAUCAUCAUUCUCAAUGCAAAGUUCCCACCCCACCCCCACCCCCAAUAGCUUUAAGCAGUGUCCUUUAGAAUUUAAUUUUUCAGUGGAUUGCUUUAAGGAGAAUGAGUAGAGAAACCAGUAGUUAAUUUUAGACCAUGUUUUAUAUAAGGCUACUGGGAACAAACAGUCAUAAUCUAAUGACUAUACUCUUUAAGCUUCUUAAUUAGCUCCAGGUUCAUAAACUAACAGAAAUAAAAGCUAAGCAUGCCACAGAGCUAUUGACUUCUCAGCAAGUACCUGUGAUGAGUUUUCAGCCACGCUUCCUCUCUGUGCUGAUGAGAUUCAUGCUACCUAAAACUUAACAGAAAUGACACUGUGAACAAUGUAGUUGGGAAGUAGAUAUGUGUAUAUGCAUUAUUUAUAUUCACUCUUCAAUUGGGCAUGGGGAGCAGCUCUGGUUCACAUAGCUACACACAGCGGAUUUUUGUCUGGUUUUACUAGAUCUGCUUGAUGGUAAAAGGGGAGGGUGGUGGGUGGGAAAGGAAAUAUCAGGGCAAGCGCUCUGAUAAAAUGAAGGCAGGGAAACAAGCUGAAUUACUUGAAAUUACUUGAAUUUUCUUGUCUUAAAACUGAAAAAAAAAGUGUAACAAGUUGAAAUCUGCAAGUGGUUCUCACACCUCUGGUUUUAACGUGAACUGAGACUAAAGUUUGAAAUCAUAUGUGAGAAAUAUAAGCACCUAUGUACUUAGAAUAGGUUUUUGAAUGGGAACACUAGAAAUUAGAAAGAACUAAGAAAGGGUAUGACCUGUGAAAGACUAGAACGUGAUGACAAUGACAGAACACACUAGGAUCACCAAGAAAUCGAUGAGCAGCUGGCUUUACGCCUAUGCAAAUAGUAUUUGAGAAAGUAAGAUGUUUGAAAGAAUUAACUCAUGCUAAAUGAAGGAGAAAGUCUGGUCUAAGAAGAUACCGUCUUUCAAUAGAAAUUUGUUGUAAGAUUUACAGAUUAAGAAUUAAAAAAUCUGUUUUUGGUGUUUUGUUUGUUUGGGGGAAAGUCUGACUUCUAAUAUUUGUUUUUAUUACCAAAUUGUGUUAGUUAAUUUCUUGUCAUUCUUGUAUGUAACAUGGGUGUUGGGGGUGGAGGGGUAGAGGAGGAGAUUGAGAACUGGGAGAAAGAAUGAGAGAGAGAGAGAGAGAGAGAGAGAGAGAGAGAGAGAGGAUGGAUGCUGGGGAUAGAUAAACUACCUGGUAAAGGGUUUGAACAUAAACAAAGUGUUAUAAUUUUAUUAAAAGAAAAAUGUUGGGGUUUGAAAAAAUGGACCAUCAUUCCUCAUUGGAACACAUAACUCAUUACAAGAAAAAAGAAAAAAAGAAAAAAAAAAAAGAAAAACCAGCAUGGUUUGACAUCAUGUGGGGUCAUGAACAAAUCUGUCUCAUGCUUUGAAAAGUACACUCAGCAAAAUUUUAAAAGUAAAAGUUUUUAGACAAAUGUGAUAAGGAACCAUCAUUUCCAGUCUCAAUAGGUGAUCGUUUGUAAUUUUCAUAAAAGCAGUUCGUUUGCAGUAUGGCUUUUGUGUAGCUAGGGGUUUUUUAGUGUGAAGAAAGGUAUGUGGGCUUUAAAAGUGAUUUUAAAUCUUGAAUAGAAAAAUCACAUAAAUUGGCUUUAAUAAAAAUGUCACCUUUUAUUAUUGACAUUAAUUUAAGUAAUCAUACCAUAUAUUUUUAAAAUACAUGUCUGACUUGAAUUGUGAGGCAAUAAGAUAUGUGAUGAUCACAGAACCAACCCUUAUAGUUUUACUUAUUUUGUUUACUCUAAAAAUCUAUAGCAGAGUUUCUCUAUUUUGUAUUUCAUAGAUUUAAAGAAAUCCCAAAUAAAGAUGGAUUUUAGAUUCACUGUGGACAAGAAUAUUGAAUAAGAAAGUUUAAAAAGCAAGCUAAUCCUUAAUAAUCUGGAAUAGUCUACACGGCUUUAGAAUAUACUAAGAUGUGGGACUGUCUUUAACAUCGUUGUCAGCCCAAGGCAGAGUACACACAUUAGGUAUUGUUUAAAAAAAGAAAAAAAAAAACAACCAAAAAACCAAAACCAAUCCAAACUUUUCUUCUGUUGUUUGCACUGAUGCUAUCUUUUCUUCUGUGUUUAUCCAACAUGUUUAUAUUGUGUGGGGGAAAUUCUGUUUUAUUUUCUUGCUUUUCUGGUGAUCCUGGUUUGAUUUUCUUGUUUUGUUUUUGGCUAAGUAGAGGACAUGGACUAGUUGUAGCAAACAAAACACCCUGUUUGCUCUUACCAGUAAGUACAUUCUCUGUAGUAGUGGUAAUUAGAGGAUGAGAUGAAAACAAAGCUUAAACUAUGACGGUUAUGGUGUGACUAUUUUGGUACUAGAACCAGUUCAUGCUGGCCAAAAAGACAAUGGUUUUUGGACUUGCAUCCAUUUUGUAUUUUUGUAACAUUUGUAAAUACAAACUUUUUAAAUUGUUGCAAAGAUGGUUUCUUUUGUAAGAUGUUUUCAACGUUUACAUUCAAUCCAAGCCUUUGUAUAUUUUAGAGCUGUGCAACACUUUAAGUCUUGUAUUUAUUUUUAGUAAAAACGGUGACAGUUUCAUUGUGAACCCCUCUCAAAAAAAUGUAUCAGAAAAGUUUGAUUACCUAGAAAGUGUGUAUAGAGACUGCAAAUAAACGUGACUGCAAUUAAAGACCAA